AAAAGACCCAAGACUUUUGGUUUAUACCAUUUAAACCCCAUGUCCCCUAAUUAAGAUUACAGUUUUCAAAAUCUUCCAGAUUCCACACCUUCCUGUCCUCAGAUUUCUUUCCUUAAUUUCAUAAUACUGAUACACUCGAUUAGUUAUUUCUUUACCAGAUUUUCCUAGAAAUUAUCCAGUUUCUCGGGAAAUCAGGAAUAAAAAAAACUUGGAGCUUCUCUGCUGUUUCCUCAACGCCCCUGCCAAAAAAUUGUUUCAAAUUUUCAGGGUUUUAGAGAUUCUGCAAGUGAGAGAGAGAGGGAGCCAUGGCAGGAGGUGAAAGGAAGCGUAGAAGGAGGAAGUUACAGUUAAGCAAGCUGUUCACACUAUCAUCAGCCAAAGCAUGUUUCAAGCCAGCACAUUCGCAGAUCGGACGAACUGGUUUCUCCCGUGUGGUUUACUGCAACCAACCUGAAUCAGCUGAUUACUGCGACAACUACGUGAGGACCACCAAGUACACUCCCACCAGUUUCCUCCCUAAAUCACUCUUCGAGCAGUUCAGGAGAGUCGCCAACUUCUACUUCCUUGUCGUUGGGAUCUUGUCUUUCACUCCUCUCGCUCCUUACACAGCUGUGAGCGCCAUUGUUCCCUUGACUUUCGUCAUCCUUGCUACUAUGGUUAAAGAAGGUGUCGAAGAUUGGCGCAGGAAACAGCAGGAUAUUGAGGUGAAUGGUAGAAAAGUUGGAGUGCACCAAGGGAAUGGGCACUUCGAUCUUAAGGAGUGGAAGACACUAAGAGUUGGAGAUAUAUUAAAGGUGGAGAAAAACGAUUUCUUCCCUGCAGACCUUGUCCUGCUUUCAUCUAGCUACGAGGACGCUGUUUGCUACGUAGAGACAAUGAACCUCGACGGGGAAACAAACCUGAAACUCAAACAAGGACUAGAAGUAACCAUGUCAUUGCGCGAAGAAGUUGACUUCAAAGACUUCGAGGCUUUUAUCAAAUGCGAGGAUCCUAACGCUAACCUGUAUUCCUUUGUCGGCACUAUGGAGCUCAAGGGAGAAAAGCACCCUCUCUCGCCGCAACAGCUUCUUCUAAGAGGCUCAAAACUCAGGAACACAGAGUAUAUCUACGGGGCUGUUAUCUUCACAGGUCCUGACACAAAGGUAGUCCAGAACUCAACGGAGCCUCCUUCAAAGAGAAGCAUGAUCGAGAGGAAGAUGGAUAAGAUCAUAUACCUCAUGUUCCUUAUGGUAGUUUCAUUGGCCUUCCUCGGUGCGAUUUUGUUUGGGAUAACAACGAGAGAAGAUUACCAGAACGGCGUCAUGACGAGAUGGUAUCUGAAACCAGAUGAUUCCACCGUCUUCUUUGACCCUCAGCGAGCGCCUCUGGCUGCGGUCUGCCACUUUCUUUCUGCCCUGAUGCUGAACAGCUACUUCAUCCCUAUCUCCUUGUAUGUCUCUAUAGAGAUUGUUAAAGUUCUUCAGAGCAUCUUCAUCAAUAAAGACAUCCAUAUGUAUUACGAGGAAGCUGACAAGCCGGCGCUAGCACGUACCUCUAAUCUGAACGAAGAGCUUGGGCAAGUGGGGACAGUUCUUUCGGACAAGACUGGAACGCUGACGUGUAACUCAAUGGAGUUCAUCAAAUGUUCUAUCGCUGGGAGAGCGUAUGGGCGUGGUGUUACAGAGGUGGAGAUGGCUGUGGGUAACGGUAUUGAGUAUGCUGUUGCUGCAGAACCGGUGGUGAAAGGAUUCAACUUCAGAGAUGAAAGAAUAAUGAAUGGGAACUGGGUCAAGGAAACGGAUGCUAAUGUCAUUCAGAAGUUCUUUCGUUUGUUGGCGGUGUGUCAUACGGUUAUACCUGAGGUGAGUGAAGAUACGGGAAAGAUCUCUUACGAGGCUGAAUCACCGGACGAGGCAGCUUUUGUUAUUGCAGCGAGGGAGCUUGGGUUUGAGUUUUUUAUCCGGACUCAAACAACAGUAUCCGUUAGAGAGCUAGACGUUGUGACUGGGGGACGAGUUGAAAGGAUGUAUAAAGUCCUGAACGUUCUUGAGUUCAGUAGCGCAAGGAAAAGGAUGUCAGUGAUAGUGAGGGAUGAAGAUGGGAAACUCCUUUUACUUUGUAAAGGUGCAGACAGUGUUAUGUUUGAAAGACUUUCUGGAAACGGUAGAGAGUAUGAAGAGGAAACCCGAGACCAUGUGAACGAGUAUGCUGAUACUGGACUGCGAACUUUGAUUCUUGCCUACCGUGAACUCGACGAGAGAGAAUACGAGGUGUUCACCGAGAGAAUCAGUGAGGCUAAGAGCUCGGUUAGUGCUGAUCGAGAAGCAUUGAUAGAUGAAGUCACUGAGAAGAUUGAGAAAGAUCUGGUUCUUCUUGGAGCUACCGCUGUUGAGGAUAAACUCCAAAAUGGGGUUCCUAAUUGCAUUGAUAAGCUUGCUCAAGCAGGAAUAAAGAUUUGGGUUUUGACAGGAGACAAGAUGGAGACUGCUAUCAAUAUUGGCUUCGCUUGUAGUUUGCUGAGACGAGACAUGAAGCAGAUCAUAAUCAACUUGGAGACCCCUGAAAUCCAGCAGUUGGAAAAAUCCGGUGAAAAAGAUGUCAUUGCAGAGGCGUUGAAGGAAAAUGUACUGCGUCAGAUAACUAAUGGAAAGGUUCAACUAAAAGCUUCUGGUGGAAACUCUAAGGCAUUUGCUCUAAUCAUUGAUGGGAAAUCACUUGCUUAUGCAUUAGAGGAUGAUAUGAAGUACAUUUUUCUUGAGCUGGCCACUGGUUGUGCCUCAGUGAUUUGUUGUCGUUCCUCACCAAAACAGAAAGCACUGGUGACAAGACUAGUCAAAACUGGAAGCGGUCAGACGACACUGGCGAUUGGAGAUGGCGCAAAUGAUGUUGGAAUGCUUCAGGAAGCAGAUAUAGGAGUUGGGAUCAGUGGAGUGGAAGGAAUGCAGGCUGUGAUGUCCAGCGACAUCGCCAUUGCUCAGUUUAGAUAUCUGGAGCGCUUGUUACUCGUCCACGGACACUGGUGUUACAGGAGAAUCUCAAAAAUGAUUUGCUACUUCUUUUACAAGAACAUCACAUUUGGGUUCACUCUCUUCUUAUAUGAGGCAUACACUUCAUUCUCUACUACACCUGCUUACAAUGACUGGUAUCUCUCUCUCUAUAGCGUCCUUUUCUCCUCACUUCCUGUCAUUUGUUUGGGAAUCUUCGACCAGGAUGUAUCUGCACGGUUCUGUCUCAAGUUCCCUGUAUUGUACCAAGAAGGUGUGCAAAACCUCCUCUUUAGUUGGCGGCGGAUAUUCAGCUGGAUGUUCCACGGCUUCUGCAGUGCAAUAAUCAUUUUCUUCCUCUGCAAAACCACUCUUGAAUCUCAAGCCUUCAACCACCAAGGGAAACCCGCAGGGAGAGAUAUCUUCGGAGGAACAAUGUACACAUGUGUGGUGUGGGUUGUGAGUUUGCAGAUGGUGUUGACAAUCAGUUACUUCACAGUGAUUCAGCAUCUAGUCGUUUGGGGAUCUGUGGUUGUAUGGUACCUUUUCCUGACGGUGUACGGAUCACUGCCGCCGAGGGUGUCUACAGAUGCAUAUAUGGUCUUUCUUGAAGCUCUUGCGCCCGCGCCUGCUUACUGGAUCACCACUCUCUUUGUGGUGAUGGCCACGAUGAUGCCUUACUUCAUCUUCUCUGCUAUUCAGAUGCAGUUUUUCCCAAUGUCUCAUGGGACUAUAAAGCUGCUUAAGUACGAGGAUCAGUGCAAUGACCCUGGGGAGUUAGAGUUGGUGAGACAGGCAUCAGUAAGGCCUGCAUUGGUUGGUUUUACGGCUAGGAUAGAGGCCAUAAAGAGAUCGGUCAUGAGAUCUCGUCAGACUGGACCUUGACAAGUCAUAUGAUUCCCUCGUUUUUUUUUGGGGGGGUGGGGAGGAUGUAAAUAAAAGACCAAAUGAACUGCAAACGAGGGGAAAGUGGUAGAUCAUUACAAGAAUGUAGUGAACAGGUUUUUUUUACUGGUUUCUGCAGCAUAAAGGGUGCAAAUUCUGAUUAUUGCGGCCUUGACCGGUGAAAAAGACGAGAAUAUUACAGAGUUUGAAUGUCGAGAAAAAUCUAAUUAUAUUGGGAAAAAGUGGGAGAUUGUACAUGAGUUAAGAUAAAGAGUAAAGAAAGAUUUUACAAUA